GCAUUCACGGAACUGCAGGAAAUCUGAAACGCGGAUAGUUUACCAUUUUUUUUAAGUUCUCUUUUUUGACACAAACAAAUAAAAAACAGCCGCCUGUUCCCACUCACGAGAUGGCUUCCCUGUGGUGGGAGAAGACGCCCCUACUGGGCAGAAAUUAUAGCACUUCUAAUGAAAGCUGCUUCAGCUCCACGAAGAGCUCUGUUCUGGAGGGACUGAGUUUUGGAGGCGUGCCAAUCGUGCUGCUGCUUAACUUCUGCGUCUUUGUGGUGCUGUUGAUACUGUUCUCUAUCAUCAGGAGGAAGUUCUGGGAUUAUGGACGUCUGGCACUUGUUGCAGACACUCAAGGGUUUAGUGGGUUGUCGCACCGUCUCUACGGACGUAUGACGUCCUGCUCAUCCAACAAAGAAGACCAGGAGUAUGAGCUGGGUUUCUGCUCAUGGCUGCCGUACAUCCUGAGAAUGGAUGAUGAGAAGGUCAAAUCCAGAUGUGGCGUGGACGCUGUUCACUAUCUGUCCUUCCAGCGUCACCUGAUUGUCCUGCUUUCAGUCACAACAGUCACUUCUCUUGCAAUCAUCUUGCCUGUCAAUCUGACUGGAGACCUUUUGGGCAAUGGUCCAGAGAAUUUUGGAAGGACUACUGUUGGGAAUCUUCAAAAGGACAACAAACUGCUGUGGCUGCACACGGUGUUUGCCGUCCUGUACAUGAUCCUAACCGUUUUGCUGCUGCGCCAUUUCACAUCACACUUAACAAGCACGUGCAGCGGCACUACCAGAAACACCUUGUUUGUAUUCGCAGUUCCUAAAACAGCAACCGAGGAGGACAUAAAGAAUCAUUUUACAGAAGCGUAUCCUUCCUGUACCGUGUCUGCUGUCACUCUGGGUUACGACGUUGCCAAACUCAUGCACCUGGACAAGGAGAGGGUGCGAGCUGGGAAAAACCUGCGCUACUACGAGCAGGUUUUUGACAAAACCAACAAGCGUGAAAUGAUAAACCCUCGUUUGUGUAGUCACCUCUGCUGCUGUUCCAACUGUGAGCAGGUUGAUGCCAUAGAAUACUACAGUGCUAAGGAAAAGCUUUUACUGGAAGAAGUGAGGCAGCAUGUAGAACUGGCACCACAGCACCCCCUAGGGAUUGCCUUUGUCACUCUGCAGACUGAAGCUAUGGCCAAGCACAUUCUGAAGGACUUCAAUGCACUGGAGUGUGGAGGCGGGAACUGCUGUUGUAGCUGGCAAUUGCAGCCCUCAUCCCUUAGCAAAGCUCUGAAAGUGACGAAAUGGAGGGUCAGCUACGCACCCCUUCCAAGAAAUGUGUAUUGGGAGAACUUGUCGGUGCAGGGGUUUUACUGGUUCAUGCGCUGUGUGUUGCUCAACUUCGCCCUCUUCUUCCUACUCACCUUCCUCACCACUCCCUCCAUCAUCAUCAACACCAUGGACAAGUUCAACGUGACCAAGCCCAUCGACAGUCUCAAUAGCCCUAUCAUCAGUCAGUUUUUCCCCACUCUCCUGCUGUGGGCCUUCUCUGCAUUACUACCCACUAUAGUCUACUACUCCACGCUCGGAGAGGCACACUGGAGCAGGUCCAGUGAGCAGCUCAGCAUGAUGCAUAAACUGUACUUCUUCCUGCUCUUCAUGGUGCUGAUCCUUCCCUCUCUUGGACUCACCAGUCUUGCACUACUUUUACGCUGGUUGUUUGACCAAGAGUUUCUCUCAAGUGGGAAAUUGAGGUUUGAGUGCGUGUUCCUGGCUAACCAAGGGGCCUUUUUUGUCAACUACGUGAUUGCGGCCGCGCUGGUCGGUUCUGGUAUGGAGCUGUUGCGGUUGCCGGAGUUGCUGGUUUACAUUAUUCGUUUGGGACUUGCUCGCUCUGCUGCAGAAAGGAAAUAUGUCAAACAAAAUCAGGCCUAUGAGUUUGAAUAUGGAGCCAUGUACGGCUGGAGCCUGUGUGUGUUCACUGUCAUUAUGGCGUACAGCAUCAUUUGUCCCAUUAUUGUACCGUUUGGUCUCCUCUACAUAAUACUGAAACAUCUGGUGGACAAACACAACCUGUACUUCGCCUAUUUGCCUGCCCGUCUAGACCGCCAGGUCCACCUGGGAGCUGUCAAUCAAGCCAUGGCUGCACCCAUCAUCUGCCUUAUAUGGCUGUACUUCUUCUCUGUCCUCAGAACAGGUUUCAGAGCCCCAACGUCUCUGUUCACUCUGGUGGUCCUGGGCAUCACCGUCAUCAUCUGCAUCAGCUACACCUGCUUCGGACACUUCAAGUACCUCAGUCCACAUAACUACACCGUGAAAGAUGAGGAUGAGGACACUGGAGAUAAAGUAGGAGAACACAAUAAAAUGGUCUAUCUUCCAAGAGUACUGAAUCCACAAUCUGCCGUCAGCCUCCCAGAGGGGUCUCAAUUUCAUCAAUCUUACGGGUCAACAGAGGACAGUCCAGAUUUGAGCUCUUGUCCAAUAGAGGAAACAUCAAACGCCUGACACAGUUAACGCCAACACCUUUGAACUCUACGUUACUUUGAGUUAUAGUUCAAAUCUACUUCCAAUACAAAGGUUUCAGAUUGUGGCUCCACCUCCUUCCAGCUGCUCACAAACUAACCAGCAGGAGAGAACUUCAGAUGGUAGAAUAGAGUGAAUACCAAAAACCUGAUAUUGCGUCCUCCAUUAACAUUUGGAAACCUGUCGGAGAUAUUUACUUUCUGCUGGAAAGAUGGUAAAUAUGAAUAUUAAUUGGUAUUUAGUUAAUUUAGAAUCCACACAAGUGUUUGAAUAAUCUGCCAAGGAGUGAUGCAACAGUGUAUGUACGUACGCGUUUGUGACACAAGGAUUGAGUCACAAUUUACCCUUUUUUUUUUUUAACAAAAUCAAAAAGACUGAGUGCACAAAAUUCUGUCCUGAAGCAUGAAAUGUGGUAAAACUGAUGUUAUUUUUACACGUUCUUCUCCAAAUCUAGCUUUUCCCAAACCUUUUGAGCAAAAUAUACAUGUGACAGUUGGUUGCUUUGCACAUUCAAACAAAAGCCAGAAUUCAGCGAGGCUGAAAAUAAGACACACCAGGGCUUGAAACCUACUGGGGUUAAUGAUGUGCCAAUUGGUGUAGAAGACUGUUUUCCUUUGGGGA